CUUUUCCCAGACAUUAUCCGUCAAAUCCGGCAUGAUGGGGCGACUGUCGGCUUCUCGGAUGUCCGGAGUCGGACUUGGUAUCGCCGCGAUGUCAUAUGUGGCGAUUGAUUACAUGAGAUACUUGUCUCCAGCUUGGCAUUCUCGUCUUAUGCCAGUUCUCUGGUCGGUCCUGGCUCUCGCCGUCGUCACACGUGUUCCGUUCUACAAGCACUGGUCUUCUGAGCUACGAGCAGCGAUCCCUUUCCUCACUUCCAUCGUCUUCUUGCUUUCUGCUCUUCUCUUCGAAGCUCUUUGUGUUCGCUCCGUCACGGCCGUUCUCGGCUUAGAUUGGCACCGGGAUACUUCUCCACUCCCUGACACAGGCCAAUGGUUCCUACUUGCACUAAACGAGAGCCUUCCCAAGCCAAUUGUGGAAAUCCUGAGAGCUCAUAUCAUCGGAUUGCACCAUUUUCUUAUGCUGUUUGUGAUGUUGGGUUUCUCGGUAGUGUUCGACUCAGUGAAAGCUCCGGGUCUAGGAUUAGGCGCACGAUACAUAUUUACCAUGGGAUUGGGCCGUCUUUUAAGAGCUAUAACGUUUAUAUCUACUAUCUUACCUUCAGCUCGACCUUGGUGCGCCUCAGCCCGGUUCAACAACGUUCCCUCUCAUCCUCAUCGCUGGGCUCAGAAAUAUUACGUCCCUUAUGCUAAAGACCCUGCUGCUAUACACCAGCUCCUCAAUUGGGAUGAGGCUUACGCUGAUCCAGGAAAAUACAUUGGUGACUACAGACCUGAUUGGGGUUCAAUGAGCUUCCUCGGUGAGUUCUUGAGACCGAGUUAUUCUGAAGGGUCUUCAUGGUUUGGUCUACUAAAGAAAGCUGGAGGUGGUUGUAAUGACCUCUUGUACAGUGGCCACAUGCUUGUAGCUGUACUAACUGCUAUGGCUUGGACGGAGGCUUACGGAGGUUUCUCUUCCGCAUUGAUAUGGUUGCUCGUGGCACACAGCGCGCAGAGGGAGAUACGAGAGCGCCACCACUACACAGUAGACUGCGUUGUGGCGAUUUAUGUUGGUAUCCUUCUGUGGAAAAUGACGGGUUUUAUUUGGUCAGUCAAGAGAAAAACGAAGCAGACAACAAAACUAGAGAAGAUUCAGAACAGGCUGAUUCACGCUGCGAAGGAUUCGGAUAUGGAGACUGUUAGGAGACUUGUUGAGGAGAUAGAGGUAAGCCUCGGGGAAGACAAGCAGGGUAAAGUCGUCUCGAACCGGACAAUGACAGUGUUUGCCUGUGCGACAGUAAUCACAACACUCAGUAUUGUGAUUUUGGCGUUGACUUUGACCAGCGACGGUUAAAAAAUAGAUCAAACUUAAAGAGAGUUGAACUAAGAUGGAUCAUGGAUCCCUUGUCUUUUCCACGGUUUUAUCUCUGUUAUUUUUGCAAGUGUCACUAAAAAUUUUGUGUUACUUUCUUGGCCUUAAUGAUAUGAUACUUUAGUGAUUAAAA